UCCUAACAGUUGCAUCAUGACUUUGAUUGUUCACUUUGACAGGUUGAUAAAUUCAUGUCUCGUGUUUGCCGUUGAGAUGAGGCUUUUACGGACAGAUGAGGAGUUCUUCAACAAGAAACCACAACCAAAUGCUCCUUGGGUCAUCAUUGCUUGGUAUGAAUGCUUGCGACUCUCUUAAUCUUGAUGGCAGCCCAAAACCAUCCACCAAAGACCGGGGGACAUAUGGACAUGCUCAGAAGAUGCGAGCAUCGAUGACCUAUGCCUUUGGUAAGCUCCACGGUCUCGGAAACAUGCAUUGGCAUGAGUCCGAUGCUGGAGAUGGCACCAUGGUUGGCAAUCCUUCAAUCUCAGUUGAGGUGUCAUCUUUCAUGUGUUCACUGCGGAGGCGCAAGAUCCAAGCCAGCGAGGUUGCCAACAGCGCUCGUGCUAUAACAUCGGAAAUAUGUUUAAACUUCACAAUCACAACCACCUUCCUCGGAACUGGACUAUCCAGGCAUAUCAACCUGACCACUGGGGCGGUGGACGUGUCCGAAGACUUCUGCAGGCUGCAUAUACGGUGGUGUUCUUGUGCAUGUUGUGAUUUGAUGAGGUUCUCAAAAUACAGGUUCAUGAUCUUCAUGUGGAGCAAGAUCGGGUUGUGCUAUACCUUCCCUUCCGGAAGACCCACCAAAAUGGAGAUAUCAAGCCCUUUCACCUCUGGGUCCUCCCGUCGGACGAAGCUCAUAUCUGUCCUGCACGUGCACUUGCUGCCUGGCUGCGAGAGUCUAAGUUGACAUCAGGCUAUCUUUUCUGAAAAGUGGCAUCUGGCGACCGCAUAGCAGAGGCAAACAGCCCUAUGUCUUUGGAACAGUUCUUGGAGCUCUUCCGGAACAAUCUCCUUGACAUAGGUAUCGACCCUGCCCCCUAUGGCACGCACUCGUUUCGUCGGGGAGGCUGUCAAUAUCUGCAUGUAGAGAGGCGCUGGCACCUGAGACGGAUUUGUGAGUGGGGUGGGUGGAGCACUGAAUUCACGAACAUGACAAUAGUAAAGUACCUUAUCUCUUCAAAUGACGACCCUGCCGAGCCAAGAGAGCACUUUUUCAACCCCAACCAGCAGCCAACUAUCAAGUGCCGGCAGUGUGGGCAGUGCUGUUCAUCCGCUUAAGAACAAAACAGUAGACUUUUGACUUCCUGUCAUAACAUAGUACUUGCAAUAAAACUGUUAUUUAUUCAAA